CGAAAACUUUGAAGGACAAACGGAACAAACCUGUGGAUUAGCGUCAAGUGCUUCAACCAGGAGGAGAGGAGCCUCCUCUGGCUUCGAUUUCACCUCCGGGUUCACUCCUCUUUUUUUUUUUGCCCCCCCUCAAGAUGUUCUCCAGGGAGAGGAAGGGCGAGAUGGAGAUCGUCGUGACGCUGGACGAGCCGCUGACGAGUGACUCGUGCACGAAAGUCGUGAUGGAGCUCAUAAAGUACAUUCUGUAUCAGAAGCAGCAGAUCCCGCUGACGUACGAGGCGCUGGCGCGAUUUCAGACGAGCGUGAAGGCGACGGACAGGAACGCGGUCUCGUUCGGGGCGCUGUCGGGCACGCUGAAAAACGUGUCCGACCACCUGUCCUCGCAGUUCUUCCUCAAGGGCUGCGACAUCAAGGAGGUCGCGAUAAUGCUGGGCGCCACGAUACUCUCGCCGAAGCUCUACAUCGGGAUAGAGCUACCCUCGUACGUUCUCAACAGCAAGCGGCACAAGGAGUAUCAGCAUUCCUCCGCGAAGCCGCUUUUGAAGCUCAUGAGGUCUAUGCUGGAAUGCGACGAGUUUCAGAAGGCCAUGGACGUCCCCCUAAAUAUGACGAACAUGUUUGUCAUGCUGAGGAAGAGCGACAGUAACUCGGUGUCCGAUUUCUUCCUGCCCAAACCGCAGUACGUGCCGCCGGCGCAGGCGACAAGUUGCUUCAGGAUUAGACUGUGCCACGGUGACCAGGUGGAUGUGCAGUGCAGCUGCAGGACGCUCGUUGAAGUAUAUCAUGACUCGUGCGAGACCUACCUGGAGAACGAAGACGACGUGCAAUAUACCCAAUACAACAGCUCCACUCAGUCUUCCUAUCGAUGGUAUCAGUCCAAGCAGAUUAUAAAGGGAUUUAAAUACCAUUUGUGACCGUAACUUCUGUCGCAGUUGUGUAGCAGAAUUCGAAAAUUUUUGUAGAGUAGGAUGAAGAAUUUGGGAUUAUGUUGAAGUAGAUUUUAAUGACCGCGUAAUUAUAAUUAAAAUUAUAACGGGACAGUGUUGUGUGUGUGUGUGUGUGUGUAUUGAGCGCCGAUGUGUUCAACAGCAUUGCCGUGUUUUGCCGCUGACAUUGCAGUGAUGUCAGUAUGACUUGACAAAUGUCCCGAGGUCAUGCGAUAGAAAUUUCCAUUCACUAUCAGAGAAGCAGUAUUUUUAUUCGUAUCAACGCACAAGAAACGUGAUAAGCCUUAUUAUAACACUAACGACCGUAAUUAUGUAAUGAGAUUGCAAUGCAAAAUAAUGUAAUAAUAAAUUUUUAUUGAUUAA